AUGAGCCGCGAAGUGUUUGCGCUCACCGGUGGAGCAACGCCUCCGCCACUCGUACCCGAAGCCUCUGUCAACAAGGGCUACAAGGAAAAGAGGAAGAUCUCGGACAAGAAGGUUUCAUGGGUGUGGAAGCCGAUCGUGCACCCGGCGAGGCCGGAGGUCGACCGUGACAAGCCGUUCCUCAGCCACUGGGUCAAGGCGGGAGAAGAAGACGUCGAGUACCCCUGGGCCAAGUUCAACAAGAAGCUCGCCAUCCCCAAGUACACCGACGAGCAGUACAAGAAGUACUUUCAAGACAACGACUGGACGAGAGAGGAGACAGACACGCUGUUUGACUUGUGUGAGCAAUUCGACCUUCGGUUCAUCGUCAUUCACGACCGCUUCCCUAACCCCAAGAGAACCAUCGAGGACCUCAAGGACCGGUACUACUCAAUCACGCGCCAACUUCUUUCGCUCCAAUUGAAGCCGGAAGCGUUGGCCCAGCACCCCGUGUUCAGGUACCCCUUCAACAAAGCGCAAGAGACCGAGCGCAAGGAGCACUACGAAAAGCUGUAG